GCUUUUCAAUAUUUUUUACAACUACGUGAGCCACGGGCCAUGAGCAUGUGCAAUUUUUAUUAUUAAGUUGUUAAGAAUUAUUAAUUGCCUAUUUUGUUAUCUAUUUGAUAUUUCAAAUUUCAAUAUUGUUACCUUUUUGUAAUUUUAAAUUUAAAUUUUUCAGUCCUAUUAAGUACUUAUAACAGAAUAAAGAUUCAUAAUAACAUAAUAAGUGUCUUAAAAUGCGUUGUUGUGUAGCUUCAUGUAAGACUAAUAAAUCAAAAACUACAAAAAUAAGUUUAUUUGGUAUACCUAAGACUGAUGCUUUAAGAUUUGAUUGGGAGAAAGCCUUAGGUGUUUGUUUUAAAGCUAGUUCUAGAGUAUGUCGUGACCAUUUUAAAGAGGCAGAUAUAAUUGAUACCUGGGUGUCUGGCAAAGGAUUAACCAAAUAUACGAUAAGCUUAAAAAAACCCACACUUCGUAAAGGUGCGAUUCCUAUUCCUAUUCGCACUGCCUCAUCUAUAUCUCAAAAUUUAGAUUCAAGUGUUGCACAAGUAAAAGUACCAAAGGAAUUUGAGGUAUUAGUUUCAAACAUUAAUAAUGACCAUUGCUAUUACUUAGGUAAAGGUAAUACAACGGAAAUCACAUCACCAUCACAUUAUGAUACCUUAUCUUCACCUGAAAGAAUAGAGGCACAUCCAACUUUGUAUUUUAAAGACAUUUUAAAUCAAAUAGACGUAUUAAAUAUUCCUGAAAAAUGGUUUUAUGAUAAGCAUACAACCAAAAAAAGAAAAUUGAUCAGUUUUCAUAAAUUGGGACCAUACAGAGAUGAUUUUACUAGAAGCAUAGAAAAACAAUUAAUUUUUACUGAAGAUUUACAAUUAUUACUUUUUGUUUAUAACAAGAAAGUCACUAUAUCUGACAUAGGACAUAUUUCUGAAGUGAAUACUGUUAAUACAUAUGAAAAACUACUAAGUGUACUUAAACAAUUUGAUGAAACUCUAGUUUGUCAAGGUGCUUUACCCUCAAAACCAUUUGAUGAUAUUAAUUCUUCAUAUGGUUAUCAAUUUGUUGAAUCCUAUGGAAUGUGGAGACAUAUAAAAUGCUGCACAAUACUAACAAAGGAUAAUAGCAAAAAUAGUAAUAUUUGUGUAUGGUGUAAACGUCUGUGUUAUAUAAUAAAAAAUAGAAAGUUACGCUUGAAAAAUAACCAAACAAUCCGGGUAUUCUUUUCUCCAAAUCAACAAAAAAAAUUAAAACAAAUUAAAGCUCAAAAAAUGGUAAUGCGAAAAAAAUUCUUCAGAGCAACAAAAAGAAUUAUUUUCCUCCAAAAUAAGCUAAAAGAAUUUAAAAAAAAAACAAAAGAAAUCUCUCAAUCUAGACUUGAAGAGCUUUUAGAUCAAGACAGAUUAAAUAUGUCGAUGUAUCAACCUGAACUGAUAUAUGAAUCAGACGAUUCAUUCUGAUCAUCAAAUUGUGCUACAAACUUUAACCAUGGCCCACAAAGAAGUGCUCCAGGAAUACACAAGGCUGUAUUAUGGUGGUGCUAAAGUAUUAACUCAUUUACCAGCUACUUUUGGUGGAAUGUGCUCCAUAUUUUCUUUGAUAUGGAUUUUUAUUUACAUUUAUUAAUAUGGUAUGUUUAUUUAUCUUAUGAAUCCAUUGUAAACUUUGUAAUAUAUAAUAUAUGAUAUAAAUGUAUAUUUUUUAUUAUUAAUUUAAAAUUUAAUUUUCAAAAAUAUCAAGAUAAAUUCGUCGUAGAAGUAACAGACAUCAUAUCAAUACAACUUCUAUUGUCUUUGGCAACAUCUUUAUACAUUGCACAGUCAAAAUCAACAUUAUUGAACGUUUUAAAUCAAAUGAAGUGUGAUUUUAUUUUGUAAUACUUUAACAAUUCAGCAAAUAUAUCUUAUAACGUUGAUUGCCUUAGUUGAUAAUCAGAAUAAUAUUUCAAGAUUUAUCCUAAAUUGCUAAAGGAACAUAUUUAACAAAAGAACAUCUAAGGAAGAAGAAUUUGAUAGAUACAUCAUAUGGAUGAAUAACGUCUGAUAAGACCAGGAUUAUAGAUUUGGAGUGGAUAAGACUAUUAACUACAGAUUUACAAAAUGUGAUUAUAAAUUGUAUUAUUAAUUUCAGACUUACAAAAUUGUGCAAAUGUUUUUUUAAAAAAUUCUAGAUCCUAGUGAAUCUCAAUGUAUCUCAUGAUGAUGAAGUCACUCAAAUUAUGAACCAAACAAAAUCAUACAAUUAAUUUUAUGAAGACAAUCAGAUGCAAUGUUUUAAAUGCUGUAGCAAGUAUUGCAAUUAACUUUGCAAGGAAAUUGUUACUAAUUCCUAUUUGUUCAAAAUAUAUUAGAUUUAUAUUUAA